AUGGAAGGCAAGGAAAAUGGACGGAAAAACAGAGGAGGGAGAAGGAGACUAGGGCAGCGGAAGAUGAAGGUGGAGAGAAGGAAGAGAAACCCAAGUGAUGAUCAUGAAGGCAUUGCUCAACUCAAACAACACCUUUCAAGUCAUUUUCAGACUGAGGAUUUGGGCAGGCUAAAAUACUUUCUAGGCAUUGAAGUGGCACAGUCUGGCAAUGGCAUUGCUAUUACACAAAGGAAAUAUGCCUUAAGACAUUUUGGAAGACGACAGUGGGAGCCUCUAAAAGAUCCUAGCAGAUAUUGCAGACUUAUUGGCAAACUCAAUUAUCGUAUGAUUACACGACCAGACAUGUCAUUUGUUGUUAGUGGAAUUAGCCAGUUUCUGCAAUCACCUUGUGAUAGUCACUGGAAUACAGUUAGCAUUCUGCGAUAUAUCAAAAGCUCUCUAGGACAAGGCUUAUUGUAUGAAGACAAGAGACACACCCACAUUGUUGGGUAUUCUGAUGCAGAUUGGGCAGGAUCUCCUUCUGAUAGGCAGUCCACUUCAGAUUAUUGUGUUCUAAUUUGA